AUGCCCAUAGACCAACCAACUACUUCCUUAAGUCAUAUACAAAUAGGCGGAAGGAAGUCCAAAUUGGCUGUUGUUCAAUCCGAAUUAGUUAAACAAGCAAUAGAAGAAGUUUUUCCCGACUUGUCUUGCUCAAUCUUGGCGUUGAGCACUUUGGGUGAUAAAGUACAAACACAACCUUUAUAUACUUUUGGCGGUAAGAGUCUUUGGACCAAGGAGUUGGAAAUUUUGUUGAUUGAAGGUAUCGACGAAUUCCCAAAACUAGAUCUUAUAGUGCACUCGUUAAAGGAUAUGCCUACGCAUUUACCAGAGGAAUUUGAACUAGGCUGUAUAUUUCAAAGGGAAGAUCCAAGAGACGCAAUUGUUAUGAAACUGAAUAGCCCUUACAAAUAUUUGAAAGAUUUACCCCCAGGGUCUAUAGUUGGCACAUCAUCAAUAAGAAGAUCAAGCCAGCUUAUACGGAAGUAUCCUCACUUGAAAUUCGAAAGUGUUCGAGGUAAUAUACAAACAAGGUUAAGAAAACUCGACGAUCCUGAAAACGAAUAUUGUUGUCUCAUUUUAGCCAGUGCGGGCUUGGUACGUUUAGGGUUGGGUGAUAGAAUUACUUCGUGCUUGGACGAAGUAUACUAUGCCGUGGGACAAGGAGCUUUAGGAAUAGAGAUUAAAAAGAAUGAUCAUAAGAUAAAGGAGAUUUUGAAAUACAUUGAAGAUCCAGUAGCGACAAAAUGCUGUUUAGCUGAACGUUCAUUGAUGCGGUACCUUGAAGGUGGCUGUUCGGUACCCUUGGGUGUGCAUUCGGAUUAUAAUGAAUUCACACAAGAAUUGACCUUAAAGGGGAUAAUUGUAAGUCCAGAUGGAACAAAAUCAAUAGAAGGUAUGACGACAAGGAAAAUAACAACAAAUGAGGAUUGUGAGUUAAUUGGUAUUGAAUUGGGUGAUAUUUUGAAAGUCAAGGGAGCUCAAGAGAUUUUAGACAAGAUUGACAUGACAAGAAAUAUCAAUGCCAAACCAACAGAAGUAUGA